AUGGCUGUUACUCUUACGUUGGGAAAGUUGGAGGACAACAAGAUCUGUCACUGGGAAGAGGAUGUAGGAACAGCAGCACACGAAAUGGGUCACGCUCUAGGAUUCUUCCAUUCCCAGUCCAGGGUUGACCGGGACAGUGCUAUUAGCAUUAUAGUAGCCAAUAUCCAGUUCGACAAGGAAUCUGCUACUACAAACUACAAUUACGGAAUGCCUUAUGACUAUGGAAGCAUCAUGCAGUACGGAGCAACGAGGUGA